CGGGGGGGCGAGAACAAUAGCAUUAUUCCGGCAUAAAAAGAGUGGAGCUAUGCCUUGGAGACGAAAACAGCAUCAGAAGGGUCCAUAUAGUGGGAAGGUAAAGUCCCACAAGCGUCACGUGUUGCCAUAUUUCCAACCACCCUGGAUACUCGACUCUCCAUCCGCAUCCUCCAAGUGCCUUCCCGCCGCUCCCAGCCAAGAUGCCCAAAGGAUUCCUGGUAAAAAGAAACAAAAAGUGCGCACAUGUUUCCUAUAGGACUCGUUCGGACGAGGAUGACCUCCAGGAGCCCACCCCCACCCACGCUGCCUUCCCGGGUCAGACCCAGCCCUCCCUGCCGAUGUGCGCGUCGUCCAGCCCGCAUCUCCCCGCAGCAUCCUCGGAUCUCACAGCUGCCGACGCACCGGUGCCAAAAAUGGAGAAGCCGGCCCAGUUCGGAAAUCCCGAGACGACGUGCCAAGCUCUAUACAGCCCGACCCGGCCCAUCAGCAAGGAGCACGAUAGGGGAUAUUUCGAGCGAAGUUUCAAUCUGGGCUCGCCCAUUUCUGCUGAGUCAUUCCCGACACCUGCUUCUCUGUCCGGCCUGGACCACCUCCUGUACGCCCCGGUCGACUUGAAGAUUGGCACCAGCAACAGCAGCCGUAGCGGAACCACCAGUAGCACCAGCAGCAGUAGCAGUAGCAGCGCUCUACCUGCACCGAGCAACCGUGCCGCCGGCAUCAAAAGACCCGCAACGGACGGCACGGAGCGCAAACCCAAAGCCGCCCCCAAGAAACCCAAAGCCAUUAGGAAACUCAACUUUGAAGACGAGGUGACCACUUCCCCGGUGCUGGGGCUCAAAAUCAAAGAGGGUCCAGUGGAGGUGAAGCCCAGGGCCCAAACCUCUGGAGCCAACAAGCCUUUGGGGGAGUUCGUGUGUCAGCUCUGCAAGGAAGCAUACGCGGAUCCCUUCUCCCUGGCCCAGCACAAGUGCUCCCGCAUCGUCCGGGUCGAGUACCGGUGCCCCGAGUGUGAUAAGAUGUUCAGCUGCCCCGCCAACCUCGCCUCGCACCGCCGCUGGCACAAGCCCAGAAGCAGCGGUGCCCAAGCAGUGCCACCCGCAUCGGCGCAGGGCAUAAAACCCAUGGGGGUCAAAUCAGCCUCAGAAGAAGCCAAAGACGCGAGUGACAGAGACACCCCGAGUCCAGGUCUGUCCGAGUCCGGUUCCGAUGACGGCUCGUAUGACUGCCACUUCUGCGGAAAGAGGUUUAAGCGCCAGGCAUACCUAAGAAAACACAUCAUGGGACACCAGGUCAUGCAGAAGAAAGUUCUGGAGGAGAACGGCGCUGCCGAGCAGGUUCCAGUACCUUCAUCCUCCUCCUCAGAGGACUCCUCAAACCAAAGCCCCCUCAAUCUGAGCCCCGUGGACCGCCUGCUGUGUCCCGUGUGCGGGGAGAGCUUCACCAGCAGGGCCGGCCAGGAGAGACACCUCCGGCUCAUGCAUUCGUCCCAAACGUACCCCUGCAAGUACUGUCCCGCCACGCUGUACAGCUCGCCGGGACUGACCAGGCACAUAAACAAGUGCCACCCCUCGGAGAACCGCCAGGUGAUCCUGCUCCAGAUGCCGGUGAGGCCCGCCUGCUGAACACAGAACUUGUGCCUUUGACUGGGAGGAAGAAACAGAAACAAAAAAAGAAAACGUUUGUGGGUUUUAACAAAAAGUUUGUAAGUUGUGAGUGGUGUUUUCCCCCUUCAUGCCAAUCAGUGAUUGUUGAGUGCUUCUCUUUCUAUUUAAACUAAACAUCUCGGACUAUUUUGCGAUGUUCCUUUCUCAAAAUAAGUUUAUGGAGAAGCUUAGUUUGACUGUUAUAAAGGGUAUUUUUCUAGGACAGCACAUGUACUCAAUGAUAGCUUCUAGACCUAAGAAAUGUUCAGAAAUCUUGUUUUUGUUCUUAAAAAAUAUCACUGUAGCUUUUGUUUAAGAAAGACAGACGGAUUUGUCUUAAUAAAGUGUGACUGAAGGAUUGUCUUUGAAGUAGAACCACAAAUGCCUUUAGUGUAGUCCGAAAUAGCCUCCAUACUCAUCCAAAUCCUGCUGUACACCUGCCUUAAAGAGUCAACAUAGUUUUCUUUUCAAUGCUGGCACAUAUUAUUAUUAUUAUUAUUAUUAUUAUUACAAUUGAAGAUUGUUGCAAUAUUUUUUGUCAUAUGUUUAUUUAUUUAUUUAUUCUAAUUAUUUUAUGUAACUUAUUGUGUUUGUUGUGAUUUUUGUCGUAUAGCCAAAUUUCUUCUUCUUUUUUUAAUUGUCCAAUUUAUGAGUUGUGAUAAGUGUCGUGGUCGGGUUCUAAUCAUCAAUCUCCACAGCUCUUGUAAAAAGAAGAAACGCAAAGCUCUUAACUUAGAUGCAAUCUUUUUUAAGGACGUUAUUUUUCCUAAAUGUUGGCUUUUAUAGCGCUUUGAUUGUAUGUGCAUAUUGUU